GCAGCUACACACAAACACACACACACACAUACAUAUAGAGCAGUGAAGCUGAGUAGAGGAGUGCUAGUGUGCCUAUACUCCAGGCUGCUCUGUAAUGGUAAGGGUAAAGCCAGGGGCUGAGUACUAGUAGCAGUAGAUUAGUGGGAGUGUGCCUAUACUCCAGGCUGCUCUGUAAUGGUAAGGGUAAAGCCAGGGGUUGAUUACUAGUAGCAGUAGAUUAGUGGGAGUGCGCCUAUACUCCAGGCUGCUCUGUAAUGGUAAGGGUAAAGCCAGGGGUUGAUCACUAGUAGCAGUAGAUUAGUGUAAGUGCGCCUAUACUCCAGGCUGCUCGGUAAGGGUUAGGAUAAGGCUAGGGGCUGAGUACUUGUAGCAGUAGAUUAGUGGGAGUGCACCUAUACUCCAAGCUGCUCUGUAAUGGUAAGGGUAAAGCCAGGGGUUGAUUACUAGUAGCAGUAGAUUAGUGGGAGUGCGCCUAUACUCCAGGCUGCUCUGUAAUGGUAAGGGUAAAGCCAGGGGUUGAUUACUAGUAGCAGUAGAUUAGUGGGAGUGCGCCUAUACUCCAGGCUGCUCGGUAAGGGUAAGGCUAGGGGCUGAGUACUUGUAGCAGUAGAUCAGUGUUGGUGCGCCUAUACUCCAGGUUGCUCGGUAAGGGUUAGGGUAAGGUUAGGGGCUGAGUACUCAUCACUGAUCGGAGGUCAGUCGCAAAAGGGAAAAGGAAAUGAAGCGAAUCUGUUAAAGCGUUCAUGUUCAGGUUUUCGGUUUGAUGCCUCCAUACAGAAGCAGUAGAAAGUGCAUGUAAGCUUUUCCGCGACAGGAAGGGGAGCGGGGAGCUACAGACAGAGCCUAAAAUGACCCAUGUGGUGACUCGUGAAAUGUAAAUGGCUUCCAAAGUGCGUGAUGCGGUGGUGUGGUACCAGAAAAAGAUUGGUGCGUAUGACCAGCAGAUUUGGGAGAAGUCUGUGGAGCAAAGAGAAAUCAAGGGCCUGAGGAACAAACCGAAGAAGACGGGCCAUGUGAAGCCAGACCUGAUUGACGUGGAUCUAGUGAGAGGCUCUGCAUUUGCCAAAGCCAAGCCAGAAAGCCCAUGGACAUCUCUAGCGCGGAAGGGCAUAGUUCGGGUUGUCCUCUUCCCCUUUUUCUUCAGAUGGUGGAUCCAGGUGACAUCCAGAGCCAUCUUUCUGCUGCUGCUCUCCCUUUACCUGCUCCAAGUGCUCGCGACAGUGUUGUUUUUCAGCAUCUCGCAUCCCCACGACAUCCCAGCGACCGAGGUGUUUGGAGCAUUCUGGCUCAUGCUGCUCCUGGGCACGGUGCACUGCCAGAUCGUGUCCACGCGCACACCAAAGCCUGUCCCCAAUGCUGCCACCAAGAGGAGAAGGAAGUUAAGGAAGGCAGCACACUUGGAGGUGCAUAGGGAAGGCGAUGGCUCUAGCACUACCGAUAACACACAGGAGGGGGCACCGCUCUCCCCGGGCUCUGCCGCCACUCACAGUCUCGCUGCUUUCUUCAGAGAUUUCUGGCAUAAUAUCUUUAAAUCGGGGUCUAAGAAAUUCAAGCUGUCCAUUGAUAAGUCGACGGAGACGGAUAACGGGUACGUGUCGCUGGAUGGCCGCGUCACCAGCAAGAGCAGUGAGGAGAGGUUACAGCUCCGCGAGCCUCGCUGCGACCUGCUGCGCUCCGAGGAGCUGGCCUGGAGUGCCCCGCAGUCCCGGAACAAACUGCUGUCGCCCGGCAGUAAGUGUAUGCAGGAGUGCCACUUGCACAACGCGGAGAACAUGUCCGACGAGGCGUCGAGUGAAGAAGACCCCGAAAACUACAGCUCUCUACGCAGGGGCGUGGAGCGCGUGAACAGUGACUGCACGCUUCGCAACAGAAAAACUCACCACUUCAAAAAACACUAUACAGCAGCCGAGGAAAUGCCUAAGUCAGGCACGAGCUGUAGCUCCCGCUGUUCCAGCCUGCGCACUCCAGACUCGGAGAGCACUCGGCACGAGUCGGAGACCGAGGACUUAUUGUGGGAGGACUUCCUGCACUGUGCGGAGUGCCACUCCUCAUGCACCAGUGAGACAGAGGGGGAGGGGUCUGCCGUCUGCCCCGCCUCCAAAAAGGAAUACCGGGAUGACCCCUUCCUGCAGGGUCACGCGCCAUGGCUGCACAGCUCGAACCCGGGGCUGGAGCGCGUCAGCGCCAUUGUGUGGGAGGGAAACGAGUGCAAGAAAGCAGACAUGUCGGUGCUGGAAAUCAGCGGCAUGAUCAUGAACAGGGUGAAUUUGUAUACUCCUGGCAUCGGCUACCAGGUUUUUGGAAACCUGGUGUCUGUGACUCUGGGACUCGUGCCCUUCGCGUACAGACUUUUCCAAUACAAAGACGUGGAGCAGCUGUCCUCCGUCUCGGCCGGCGAGAUGGUCUCCAUCGCCUUCGGCUCUUCGUCCGACGUUGCGGUCAUCGCAAUGGUGUCCGUGAGCUUCGUAGUGCGUGUGUGCCUCAUCUGGCUCUUCUUCUUUCUGCUCAGCGUGGCUGAAAGGACGUACAAGCAGAGACUGCUCUUUGCAAAGCUGUUUGGUCACCUCACGUCAGCACGCCGAGCCAGGAAGUCUGAGGUGCCGCACUUUCGGCUGAAGAAAGUGCAGAACAUAAAGAUGUGGCUCUCACUGCGCUCCUACUUGAAGAGACGCGGUCCCCAGCGUUCAGUGGAUGUCAUUGUUUCAUCUGCCUUCCUCCUCACUCUCUCGGUGGUCUUCAUCUGCUGUGCUCAGGCUCAUCUCAACCUGCACUUUGAUCUGCAGCUGCUGCACGCCCACGAGACUUUUCUGGAGUUCCACUAUAACUGGGAGCUGGUGAUCUGGUCCUUCUCUCUCUCGCUCUUCCUGCUGCGCUUCGUCACACUGGGCUCUGAGACCAGCAAGAAGUACAGCAACACCUCUAUUCUACUGACCGAGCAGAUUAAUCUGUACUUGAAAAUGGAAAAGAAACCAAACAAGAAAGAAGAGCUGACUCUCGUCAACAAUGUUCUUAAGCUGGCCACCAAACUGCUGAAGGAAUUGGAUACUCCUUUCAGGCUGUACGGCCUCACCAUGAACCCGCUCCUGUACAGCAUCACGCAGGUGGUGAUCCUGUCUGCGGUCUCAGGGGUCAUCAGCGACCUGCUCGGCUUCAAUGUGAAACUUUGGAAGAUCAAGUCAUGACACUGAGCUGUCUGCACCCCACACACACAGACACACACGCAGAGACGCAGAGAUGCAGCACGCAGAUGCCGGGGCACCUAGAUGGAGUUGUUUCCUCUUAACAGGGGACAAUAAUGAACUUUCAGCCCUUUCCCCCCUCCCCCUCUGAUAUAUCAGAGUUCUGGCACUUCAGCUGAGCGAGCUAUUUUUUUUGUUUUUUUUUUGUUUUACUGUGUUUUUCGAGUCCUCAGACAUUUAGCUGCUAUUGGAAUGUCAGUUACAGUAUCAGUGCUUCCUUAGGAAUAUAUAUAUAUAUCAAGUGCGUGCGUAUUCUGUUUAUGUAUUUGCAAGCAUGUGUGGCACAAAAUAAUUUAUUGUAAGGGUUCUCAUGAGCGUGUGCUAUCAGAAGCCAUGAAUAUGGAGUUGUUUAUUUACGGAGUCGUUUGCGCGUUAGCUCAGUGCUGGUAUGUGGCAGCAGCAUUGUGUUAGGUCAUAAGUGUAAUUUGAGAGCAGGAUAUUUUGAAGCACUGAAUGCAGAGGUGAACGGACACACACACGCACACGCGCGCGCGCACGCACACACACACAGUGUGAAGUGAUCCGGAGCUGGUUUUACUUAUCAGUGAGUGUGUUACACUGAAUCUUGUGCAGUUCGUUCUACUUGAUCAGUUUACCCAGCUUUAUAUAACUUUUAUUAUUAUUAUUAUUAUUAUUAUUAUUAUUUUAUUUUAUUUUAAUUUUUUUUUUAAAUAAUGUGAUCUCCAAUUUCACCUGAUACGGAGGCCUUAGUGCUUAGACGACCGAAGAAAAGGUGUGUGUUUAAAAAAAAAAAAAAAAAAAAAAACCUGAGACGUGCUCAUGGUUUUAAACGUUACAGUCAUUAGUUACAGGAUGGUAAUCAAUGUCAGUUCCCUUCUCCCUGUAUGAUGUAUAAAUAUGAUGUAUGGAGGAGUGUUUAGGGGGGUGGGGGUGUGUGGGUGUGUGUGCGCGUGUGUGCCGAGUCUAAGUCAGAAUUGCCUCAAAAUGUGCACUUUAAAGCAAAGAAAUUGUUACUCAUGUCUGAGAGGUGAUGCCUCGAGGACGCUUUAUUUCUGGUUUUAUAUUUCUGCAUUGGAAAGUCAUUCACGACGACCAAAGUGCUUUUAUUCUGUCUGCCGGAGAUAAAUAUAUUAGCUCCUCCUUUAAACACGAUUAUUAUCAGAGAGUAGUUUCCGAAGGCCAGUGGAUGCCAGAUCCUUUGUACCCUUUUCCUGUAUAAUGCUGUUCCUGUUACUUUGUCAUUACUGAUGGUGCACAUUUCUUUUCAGAGGAAAAGACAUGGUCAUUACGGUGAACACUAUGAAGGAGAAUGGGUCAAAUGGGGGGAAAAAAAAACAAUACAGAAAACAUUGCAUGUACUUUCCAGAGUUUUCGCUGUUCAGUUUGUAUGUUUUUAUAUGAAGAUAUUUAUAAAAAAAAAAAAAAGUGUGUAUAAGUUACUCUGAAAGUAUUUAGG